CUCAUUCACCUACACACAGUUCUUCACCAAACUCUCCCCCACAGAAUGCACCAGAUUCACCUCCACAGAAUCCACCUCCUCCUCCAUUAAGGCAAUCAGAUAGAAUCAAGAAAUGGCCAACUAAAUAUAAAGACUUUCACUGUGGCUACAAUGCUAACCAAUCUCCUCCAGGUAAAUACACCACUCCUCAUCCUUUGUCUAAAUCACUUUCUUAUGACCAUUGUUCUUCAUCCUAUAAAACUUUCUGUUCUAACAUUAAUGCCCAAACCCAAAUCUUAUUAUGAGGCUUUCACAAUUUCCUUGCUGGAAUAAUGCUAUGAAAGCUGAAAUUACUGCUCUAGAAAAGACAAACACUUGGAUUUUGGUUGAACUUCCUCCUGGAAAACAUCCUAUUGGUUGCAAGUGGGUUUAUAAGAUUAAGCAUAAACCAGAUGGCAGCAUAGAGAGGUACAAGGCUCGUUUGGUUGCUAAAGGCUUCACCCAAUUGGAAGGCAUUGAUUACUUUGAAACCUUCUCUCCAGUUGCCAAAAUCACCACAUUCAGAGUUUUGUUAGCUCUUGCAGCAGCCAAGGGUUGGCACUUACAACAGUUAGAUGUGAAUAAUGCAUUCCUUCAUGGUGAUUUAGAUGAGGAAGUAUAUAUGAAACUACCUCCUGGACUCACUGCUGAUUCUCCUAAUCAAGUGUGUAAAUUGCAGAGAUCCUUGUAUGGCUUGAAACAAGCCAGUAGACAAUGGCAUUCUAAACUCACUACUGCUCUUCUCUCCCUAGGCUACACUCAAUCAAUGGCAGACCAUUCAUUAUUUGUUAAAAAUACAGGAUCUUCAUUUACUGCUCUACUAGUAUAUGUGGAUGAUAUUUUGCUUACAGGUACUGAUUUAGCAGAAAUUAAUCAUGUGAAGAAGUACCUAGAUGAUCAAUUCAGCAUUAAGGAUUUAAGUGAUCUGAGAUACUUUCUCGGCUUAGAAGUUUCUAAAUCAGCCAAAGGGAUUGUUCUAAACCAGAGAAAAUAUGUUUUGGAUAUCUUAUCAGAUGCUGGUCUAUUAGGAGCUAAACCUGCUGCCACUCCUAUGGAUCCUUCUACAAAAUUACAGGCUGACAAAGGGAUUGCAUAUACUGAUCCUGCAGAAUUCAGAAGAAUCAUUGGUAAAUUGAUCUAUCUCACAACUACUAGACCAGACAUCUCCUAUGCAGUCCAACAGGUCAGUCAAUAUGUCUCUAAUCCACUUGAUUUACACUAUAAGGCUGCCAUUCGAAUCCUACGAUACUUAAAAGGUUGUCCUGGCAAGGGCUUGUUCUUCCCUUCUUCCAAUUCUCUUAAACCUUCUGCCUUUGCUGAUUCUGAUUGGGCAUGUUGUCUUGACACCAGACGCUCCGUGACUGGUUAUUGUAUAUUCCUAGGAGAUGCCUUGAUCUCGUGGAAAUCAAAGAAACAAGGUAUUAUUUCUAGAAGUUCAUCUGAAGCAUAA